AUGGCGGCAGGAGCAGGUGAGGAUUGCUUCUUGCAAGAUUGCAGUGCAAAUACCGAAUUGGGUGAUUGGAGUUCCAAGAACGAUUGUAACAGUUCUGCUGCAUGUGCUGAAUGUGAAAUAGUGGAGAAGGAUUCCAACCAAAUGGAGGGUUCAGAGGCUUCAUUCAGUACAAAUGAAGCAUCAGCAGCUGGCACGUCCAAGGAGACUGUGGCAUUUAAAGUGAUAUUCAAUAAACAAAAAUAUGAUGUGGAAUUUGACCUUGAUAAAACUAUAGGUGAUGUAAAAGCAGGCAUUGAGAAAAUCAUUGGUGUUCCAGCUUCAAUGCAGAAAAUAAUGUUUAAAGGUUUAGCUAAAGAUGAUAUGACAUUGGAAGAGUUAAAAGUAACGAAAGGAGCAAAGAUGAUGGUUGUGGGUUCCACUCUAACAGACGUCCUCUCUAUCAGUGCCCCUACAACUUCUGAUUCUAAAGAUGAUGCUAAAGAGGCAGCAUCUUCAAAAGAACCACUUUCACAACAAAAAAUACACAAAAAAGUGUUGGAAAAAUAUGGUAAGCCUGAUGAUGUUAUGCCUGGAUUCCAAGGUAAAAAAUUUCCCUUGCCAUCACAUCCGCUCUCGGGAAUGUACAAUAAGUCUGGUGGCAAAGUACGACUUACAUUUAAAUUAGAACUUGACCAAUUAUGGAUCGGAACAAAAGAACGGACAGACAAAAUUCCAAUGAGUUCAAUAAAGGCUGUUGUUAAUGAAGCAUUAGAAGGACAUGAAGAUUAUCAAAUAAUGGGUCUUCAAUUGGGUACCACAGAAGCAUCUCGUUAUUGGGUCUACUGGGUCCCUUCCCAGUACGCAGAGGCCAUCAAAGACGCCAUCCUUGGCAAGUGGCAGUAUUUUUGA